AUGGGUAAUAGAAUUUCAAAAUUUAAAAAAAAGAUAUUCAUAAAUGAUAUUAAUGAUAAUCAUAAACAUUGCGAAACCACAAUUUCGAAUACUGGAUUUCCUGUGGUUGAUAAUGAAUUAGACGAAGAAAAACGUCACCACGAAUUAAUGGUAAACAUUUGGAACUCAACAUUUUCUUCUCCAGUCGAAUCUAUUUUAAAACAUGGCAAUGCCAAAGUUCUCGAUAUUGGAUGUGGAUUUGGCGUGUGGAUAUACGAUAUGGCAUUAAACUAUCCACUUUCACAUUUCACUGGAAUUGAUAUUAUAACCCCAAAAGAUACUCUCCUUUCAAAUGUCAGGCUUAUACAAGCUGAUGUUUUGAAAGGAUUAAAAUAUUCAGAUUGUUCUUUUGACUAUAUUCACAGCAGAGAUUUAUUUUGGUAUAUUACAACAAAAGAUGCAAGUAAAUUAUUUCCAGAUUUGUUACGAAUUUUAAAGCCUGGUGGUUGGAUUGAGAGUGUAGAAUAUGUUACUGAAAUUACAAAUCCUGGACCUAACACCAAGUUCCUUACAGAUACAUUGUCUAGUUACCUUCGAAAUCAUGGAGUUUGUCCUGAUGGUUUUUAUAAAAAUUUAUCGAAAUUAUUUAAAGAAAAUAAUCUUGAAUAUCAAAUUGAAGAGAAAGUAAUAUAUAUUUCUGAUUCUGAAGUGACAGCAAAAAAAUUUCUAAUUGUUUUUAAAAUGGUAAAAUCCGUUAUUCUUGAAUAUACAAGUAUUGGUUCUGAAAAAUAUGAUGAAAUUCUUGAUAAAGUUUCGGCUGAGCUCAUAGAAUAUAAAUCUUAUGUUCGAUCGUUAAGACAUUUUGGAAAAAAACUUUGA